CGCUCGGCCCAUCAUGUAACCGCCGCUGCGCAGGAGGAGGAGGAGGAUUACAUCUUGCAGCGCAAUAGUCUCGUUGAACCCGCGGGAGCCGUGCAUCCGCACCCCCCCCCCCCCCCACACCCCGCGCGCGCACGCCGCCUGCACCGAGCCGCGCGCUCCGGGACGCACAAAGGCUCCAAGUGCAUGAAGAUCGAGGCUCGUAUUAUUUUUUGUUGGCGUGUUGUUGUUUAGUUUUUGCACCUUUUGGGUUUUUUCUUGCAACGCGAGCCGCCGCGAAGCUCCGGGGCGAGCGCGAGAUGGAGGGAGGGAGCGAGAGGGAAGGCAAAGUCUUUUGUGCCUCCCCUCCCCCCCAUCAAAGCAGAGGGGAAAUGUCUCAGCCGAAGGGAGGUAAGAGGAAGCCGGUGCUUAAGCUCCCCAAGGAGGUGUUUGAGCAGCCUCCUCCCGCCGCUGUACCUCCCAGAGACUUGGAUUCAAAAGCUUGUGUGACCAUCGGAGAGAAGAACUUCGAGGUGAAGGCCGAUGACCUGGAGCAGAUCUGCGAGCUCGGCCGGGGCGCGUACGGCGUGGUGGACAAGAUGAGGCACGUGCCCAGCGGCCUGAUCAUGGCCGUGAAGCGGAUCCGGGCCACGGUGAACACUCAGGAGCAGAAGCGGCUGCUGAUGGACCUGGACAUCUCCAUGAGGACGGUGGACUGCUUCUACACCGUCACCUUCUACGGCGCUCUGUUCAGAGAGGGCGACGUCUGGAUCUGCAUGGAGCUGAUGGACACGUCCCUCGACAAGUUCUACAAGCAGGUGAUCGAGAAGGGCAUGACGAUCCCCGAGGACAUCCUGGGCAAGAUCGCCGUCUCGAUCGUUAAAGCUCUGGAGCACCUGCACAACAACCUGCAAGUCAUCCACCGAGACGUGAAGCCGUCCAACGUGCUGAUCAACACCUUGGGGCAGGUGAAGAUGUGCGACUUCGGCAUCAGCGGCUACCUGGUGGACUCCGUGGCCAAAACAAUGGACGCCGGCUGCAAGCCGUACAUGGCGCCGGAGAGGAUCAACCCCGAGACCAACCAGAAGGGCUACAGCGUGAAAUCGGACAUCUGGAGUCUCGGCAUCACCAUGAUCGAGCUCGCCAUCCUGCGCUUCCCGUACGACUCGUGGGGAACGCCGUUCCAGCAGCUGAAGCAGGUCGUGGAGGAGCCGUCGCCUCAACUUCCUGCCGACCAGUUCUCCCCCGAGUUUGCGGACUUCUCCUCUCAGUGCUUAAAGAAAGUUUCCAAAGAGCGGCCGACGUACACAGAACUCAUGCAACAUCCCUUCUUCACCUCCCACGACGCCAAAGACACCGACGUGGCGACCUUCGUGAAGGUCAUCUUGGGGGACUGAGCCGGAUUGGCCCCGAUCGCAGCCCCCCCCCCCCCCCCCCACACACACACACAGACACACACCCCAUCCUCCCAUUGGUUAGAUUGUCCCGCCUUCUACUCCAAUGAUGGGCCGCGUGGAGUUUCAGGUUGUCGGGUUCAAACUUUUUUUGUUUUGUUUUGUUUUUGCUGGAAAAAAACCAGGAGUAAAAAGAUACAUAUAUAUAUAUAUGUAUAUAUAUAUAUAUAUACACAAAAAGAUGAUGUAAUCUAAAUGUUUGUUUACUCAUCGGUGACAGAUUUGAUCUCCGGGUCACAAACGCUGAACUGCACUUCAACUGCUUUCGCUCGAUUAGAGGCGUCGACCGCACGCUCUGGGCCCCGGCUGCGUGUGUGUGUGUGUGUGUGUGUGUGCGUGUGUGUGUGUGCAUGUGUGUGUGUGUGCAGGGCUGCAGGAUUUGGGAUUAAUUCCGAUUCUCGCACUUUCUCUCCGUUCCGAGGGCACGAAACUUGUUUCCUCUCCAGUCUCAUGGCGUCGCUGAGAGCUCCUCAGUUAAAGCGGCGUUGUUGUUGUUGUUGUUGUUAUUUUUGCAUUCACAUGUUUACAGAAGCUUUUUCGGUUGUCGUCGUGGAACUUUUUCUUUUCGUGUUUCAGGCGUCGAAUUACGAUUGGACAUGUUGGUCAUGGUGGGGGCGGAGUCACGUACGUGGAAGCGUGGCGCAAGGCUGCAGCCCUGUGUGUGUGUGUGUGUGUGUGUGUGUGUGUGUGUGUGUGUGUGUGUGUGUGUGUGUGUGUGUGUGUGUGUGUGUGUGUGUGUGUGUGUGUGUGUGUGUGUGUGUGUGUGUGUCGACACUGGUCGGUUGUGGGAGAGGACCUCCUCGUUGUCUGUACUGAGCCAAUCACAACUCUCCACUCCCGUGUUCAACAUGAUAAGAACUGGAUAUUAUUACUAUUAUAUUAAUUAUUGUUUUUAUUUAGACUCCGCCCCCAGACUUAUUUCCUGCAGUUCCUCUUUAUUUAUUACGACUGCUUCCCGUCUUUUAAACCUCCUCCUCUGUAGUGAUGAUGAUGCAGGUACCCCCCCCCCUCCCCUUCCCCUUCACACUCACUGCAUCACGAUCCACUCCGUUUGCUUUUGUGUUUCUCGUAGUGGGCGGAGCUUCAGGGUCCUCGUUCCCACGGUGAACACGCUUCGCUCGGUGAGGAAAUCAUGAGAUUGUUUUAACGUUUCACGACCAACCGAUGAAGACGAGCGCGUUCAAACAUCCGUAUGAACAGAGAAGCUCUUCUUCUUCUUCUACUUCUACUUCUUCUCUUUCUCCUCCUCCUCCUUUUUUUCUGUUCCUCCUCCUUCUCCUCUCUUUUUCUCCAUCUUUAAAUCAGUGGGAUCAUGUUUUUGAUCACAUGAUCUGAACAUAACGGUACUUUUUAUUUUUAAUAUUCAAAGUGCAGCAAAGCCUCGUGGCCGGGCGUGAGGGAGGAAGUCCCGUGUGUCGGUGUCUUAUUGGUAAAUAUUACAUUUGAAUACGCUGCACUGUAAAGACUUAUUGGAACGAAAACCCCAAACCUGCGUUAAGAAGUCUCCUUCCCUCCUUCCCUUGGUUCCUCGUGUGUUCGUGUUUCCUCUCCUCGUCACGUCGACUCGUACGUGUGAAUCCCGCUGAGAGUCUCGGGUUCACCUGCUGAGUAACCGGGGGGGGGGGCAGGACGCCCGAGUGGAAACUAUCCCUCGCUACAGUCACAUCCCAUCAUGACCCCUCCCCCCCCCCCCUCUUGACCUCUCGAGGGCCCGAAUGCGUCUGUUCCUGGACGACGUGACGGGAACGACCUCGUCACUGCUACGAGAUGCACGACCUCUCACGACCUCUCGGGCCUGUCACGACCCCUCGAGGUCACGUGACCUGUGUAGCUCCGUGUGGCUGCUCUUGUUGCGUUGUUGUGUUCUUUAAUUUGGGGCUUGUGGUUUUUUGUUUUUAUAGCAUAAGACUCAGAGAUGCUACUGUACGUCUGGUGGGGGUGGAAAGAGAAGUUCUCAGCAUACCUACACAUCUCUAAAGCCUCUGCUAAAGACUGAUGACUGUUCAUUCAGAGCUCAAUGAAUUCCUAUAAAUAUUUUAGUUGCUCAAACUGAUCAUGUGCAAUUGUAACGCCGGAAAUUCAAUAAAAAUGAAAACAAAAGAGGUGUUUUUCCA